AUGUUGAUAAAAUUGCCUUCGCUUAUUAUUGUUUUUUCCUUGGUUAUGACUGCGGCAUAUGCGCGUCAUCAUAAAGCCGUCCAUGCGCUGGGGAAGCACGUUCGGGGCAAAGCAGCAUCUCCUAACUUAGCCGGCUCCCGUUUCCUUCAGCAGCAAGAUGGUGCUGCCGAGGGACCGCUUCCGCCACCAGCAGUAGAGGGGGCAGUCAUGGCUGCUCCUGCUGUCCCAUACCCGGCGCCGGUUAUCGCCGGCGCACAGCCCACGCCAACGCCUGCUCCAGUCAACUUGCAAGAUAUUGCAGCCGUUCAGAAUCAGGCGACUGAGAAACUGAAGGAGGCUGAAUCCCUGGGUUCGAAGCUGGAAGAAGCAGUCAACGACUUGAAUAAGGCAACUGGAGCAAAUGAGAGGAAGGGAGUGGAGUACGUGUCGACGGUGAUCAACCCUCCGCAACCAGAGAAAGCGGCGAACCCGGAGGAAAAGGCAGAAGAAACUCUUGAAGGGAUAACAACGGAAGCAGCGGCCUCACCUCCUCUGUAUACGGCUCCAGUUAUCGUCUUACUCUCUCCCGACACUAGCGCAAUGGAGAAACUCGAGUUUUCGAGGGCCAUCGCCUGCCGAGGAAAAAUGAACACUGCCGAAAUGCGAGCUAUCCGCACUGCAAAACUCGCCGAAAUGGCUUCAAUCAAGGGAACGACAGUAGCACAGCUCGAAGAAGAGAUUAAAGACACGGAGGCGAUGCUACAGGAAACGAAAGCGUCAAGGCAUAAGCUUCAAGAAGAGCUACGUCAGGUUACUUCAAACGCUGCGGCUGGGGCUGCGCCCAAAGCUGAUAUGGUCUUUCUAAAAGAUGAUUUAAAGCUUGAAGAUGAGAAGAUAGAGGUUCUGCUAACAAAAUUAGAGAGCAUGCAGGAUCGCCUGGCGAAACUCCGUGCCGAGGAGUCCCGAGCAGAAGGCACUUUUGGGAAGAAAAAACGAAGAAACGGGAAAGGCUCCAGAGGAGCGAGCAGCGCCAAGGGAAACAAGUUAUCCGAAGAGUCGGAAGAAGAGGACUAACACAUUUUUAUGUUACCAAGCUUCCGACAAAGAAAGACAACGACAUCUGAUCAACCCUGUUCUUGAAUGACUGCCUCACAGAGCAGCCAUCGUCCAUGACAUCACACGGCUACAGGGGCUGCACAUUCUGCUUCGCCUACCAUCCGUAGACCAACGCGCCUUGAAUUGUGAUUUUUUGCAAUGACAAACUCCGUUUUGUGAAUCAAGACUAAACCGGAAGUGCCAGAAACACCCUGCAUCCCGCCGCACGGCAGGGAACUCAGACUCUAAAGGGUGCUCAAACUGAAUUCGAAAAAGUUGCAACGCAGUGUGGAUCUGUUUCUUCCAUGGAAGAACUUGCACUUCGUCAUCGAUGCGGCCACCCCAUUCUGCUCGAGUCGCAAACAAAAGAUUGGACCUUUUGGCAUCUUGAGGCUGACCAGAUUUCGACAGAGUGCACACGGCCAGCCAGUAAAAGAGACGCUACAUCCCUGGUUGUGUUUACCUCUUAGAGAUUUUCCCGUUUCAUACAAUCUCAUCCCGUAUUGUAACAUCGAUUACUGUCACAUGCAGUGGAUCGAGUAACCUGUGCUCGACCGGUACACAGACUCGAGUGACCGACAUAUUGCUGACACUUGAUCCCUUGACACGCUGAUGGAACCUAGCCGUUUUUCCUUGUUGGUAGCGAAAUAAAAGCCAAAAUGUCACUGCGACACUGAGCCCUUUACCCCUUGCGAACACGAGAAGUCCUCCGCCAGUCUCCCACAAUUGUUCCUCAACUGGCCGGUAGGCGUUCCUCGCAUGCAGUUUUUUUGGUUCCGGCAGCGACCGUGUAGUCGUGGUCUUCGCCGCAGAGAAUGUACAGAAGAUUAUACGCGUCCUCAAAGUGUCUAGAUAUCACGUUCAGCUUGUGGGCCGGGACUUCCGGGCCGGAUUCCUCUGCCUUGUUUAACAUGGUGUCACCCAUUUCUUCAUAGAGCCACGCCAACGUGUAAGACGCAAGAGGCAUGA